GCCCGGGCCCGGAGGGACGCCAUGGAGAAGUACGAGCGGAUCCGGGUGGUGGGGAGAGGCGCCUUCGGGAUUGUGCACCUGUGCCUUCGGAAGGCUGACCAGAAGCUGGUGAUCAUCAAGCAGAUCCCGGUGGAGCAGAUGACCAAGGACGAGCGGUUGGCUGCCCAGAACGAGUGCCAGGUGCUCAAGCUGCUGAACCACCCCAACGUGAUCGAGUACUAUGAGAACUUUUUGGAGGACAAGGCCCUCAUGAUCGCCAUGGAGUACGCCCCAGGGGGCACGCUGGCCGAGUACAUCCAGAAGCGCUGCAACUCCCUCCUGGAUGAGGAGACCAUCCUCCACUUCUUCGUUCAGAUCCUGCUGGCCCUGCACCACGUGCACACCCACCUCAUUCUCCACCGAGACCUAAAGACCCAGAACAUUCUCCUGGACAAACAUCGGAUGAUCGUUAAGAUUGGUGACUUUGGCAUCUCCAAGAUUCUGAGCAGCAAGAGCAAAGCCUACACUGUGGUGGGUACCCCCUGUUACAUCUCCCCAGAGCUGUGUGAGGGCAAGCCCUAUAACCAGAAAAGUGACAUCUGGGCCCUGGGUUGUGUCCUCUAUGAGCUGGCCAGCCUCAAGAGGGCCUUUGAGGCUGCGAAUCUCCCAGCCCUGGUGCUGAAGAUCAUGAGUGGCACCUUCGCGCCCAUCUCGGAUCGAUACAGCAUCGAACUUCGCCAGCUGGUGCUGAGUUUGCUGAGCCUGGAGCCUUCCCAGCGGCCCCCACUGAGCCACAUCAUGGCCCAGCCUCUCUGUGUGCGGGCGCUGCUCAAUCUCUACACUGACGUGGGCAGCAUCAGGAUGAAGAGGGUAGAGAAGCCCCUGGGCAGUGUGCCCACAAUGCCGGGUGGCCGAGCAGGGGGCAGAACAGGUGGCCCCCGAUCCCGUGGUGUGCCCCAGGGGCUGCCCCGGCCUGCCAUCCCACCUCCUCUGUCCUCUGUCUACGCCUGGGGUGGUGGGCUCAGCGUUCCCACAAGGCUGCCCAUGCUCAACACUGAGGUGGUCCAGGUCUCAGCCGGGCGCACCCAGAAGGCUGGAGUCACUCGAUCUGGGCGCCUCAUCUUGUGGGAGGCACCUCCCAUGGGCGUUGGUGGGGGCAUCCAGCUUCCGGGAGCAUUGGAGCAACACCAGCCUCAGUUUAUCUCUCGCUUUCUAGAGGGCCAGUCAGGAGUGACUAUCAAGCAUGUGGCCUGUGGGGACCUCUUUACUGCCUGUCUCACCGACCGAGGCAUCAUCAUGACCUUCGGCAGCGGCAGUAACGGUUGCCUGGGCCACGGCAGCUUCACCGACCUCAGCCAGCCUACUAUUGUGGAGGCCCUGCUAGGCUAUGAGAUGAUGCAGGUGGCCUGUGGGGCAUCCCACGUCUUGGCCCUGUCCACAGAACGGGAGCUGUUUGCCUGGGGCCGUGGGGACGGUGGCCGACUGGGGCUGGGUACCAGGGAGUCUCACAGCUCCCCACAGCAGGUGCCCGUGCCCCCUGAACAGGAAGCGCAGUGGGUUGUGUGUGGCAUCGACUCCUCCAUGAUCCUAACAGUGCCUGGCCAGGCCCUGGCCUGUGGGAGUAACAGGUUUAACAAGCUAGGAUUGGACCAAGUGUCCCCUGGGGAGGAGCCUGGCCCCCACGACCAGGUGGAAGAAGCCCUGAGCUUUACGCCCCUGGGCUCUGUACCCCUCAACUCAGAGCCUCUAGUGAGUGUGGAUGUGGGCACUGCCCACUCUGCUGCUGUGACAGCCUCUGGUGAAUGCUACACAUUUGGCAGCAACCAGCACGGGCAGCUGGGCACCUGUGCCCGCCGGGGCAGCCGAGCCCCCUGCCUGGUGGCAGGGCUCCAGGGGAUCAAGGUGGUGAUGGUGGCUUGUGGGGAUGCCUUUACAGUGGCCAUUGGUGCAGAAGGAGAUGUGUACACUUGGGGCAAAGGCGCCCGUGGCCGACUGGGGCGUAAGGAUGAGGAUGCCGGGCUCCCUCGGCCUGUGCAACUGGAGGAAGCUCAGCCCUACACUGUGACCUCUGUGUCCUGUUGCCAUGGGAACACCCUGCUAGCCAUCCGCCCUGCCACAGAAGAAUCCAUACCACCUUGAGGAUCUCAAGCUGGAUUUCCACCCUAACAGAGAACAGAUACCUCACCCUCCUUCCCUCUCUCUGCCACCCCAGCUGUAUUGGGUGGGUACUAGCGGGCUUUUUGACUUCAACAUGGGUAGUGCCCCCUGGGUCAUUUAGGACAUUGCCUCUAAGAUGCUGGUGUGAUACAUCAAAGGCAUCUCUAGACACAGGGAAGCCUGGCACUCUGUAGCCCAGCUCCCUUGUAAUGCUUAGGGCUGAGGCCUUCCACAGGAUUGGAAAAUGCCACUCUCAUUCCCCUAGCUACUUAUUCAGCAAACAUUAAGUGCUCACUUCCAUGCUAGGCAUGGUCUGCCCCUCUUACACUCCCCCUCCCCUUUCCCAUGCCAACCCUGCUGCACAGCCUAUGGUUUUGGUUCCCUGAGUGCUUUUGCAAAUAAACUUGACUGUCAGGGAAGGAGCAGGUACCCACUCUCAGGCACUCGCCAUGCCAGGCCUCCAGGACACAGUCAUGUAGUGUGUAUGUUUGUUUCCCCAAGACCACUUCCCCAAACUCAGGAUAGGGGGGUGAGUUCAGCAUGGAGACUCCAGGAUGGGGCUUCAUGGGUCCAAGACAGUAUAGGCAAGUUUGGGCUUGUCCCUAUGGGCUAGAGGAGGGGGGAUGUCCAGAAGAGCAGCUGCCACCCCCACACUGGCAGGGCCAGUGGGUAUUGCUUGCACAGCCAGAGAUUCUUGGAAGAGGCAGUGGGGGGGGCACCUGGGUAAGGACAGAGAUAUAAAGAUCUAUAGGUUGAUAAAAAAAAAGUGGGGAGGAAGGAAGCGGCCAUCUACCCACCUUAAUGGACCUUGCAAAGUCUCACUCCCAGCUUCUGGCAAUCGGCCUUUGUCUUUGCUCCCUUUCGGAGUCUGGACCCAAGCCCUGAAAAGGCCUUCCUGGACAGAGCUCUCUCCCAGGGCUUGUGUGGGAAGGGGCCUCCUAUUGAAGCCCCGGAUACCCAAGGGGUGCCCUGAAAUGUCACCUCAUGGUUCUCUUCAGGGAGAGGGGAGUGUGUGUGUUGGGGGUGGAGGGGAGCCCCACAGGGCUGAGGAGUGGGG